UUAUCACCAGGUGUUAUUCAUCAGUUGUCAAUUCCCUGAGCAUUAAGAAGCUUUUAAGCAGCUCUGAGCUCAAGAACACCACAAGACAGACUGCAGAGAAAUCUACAGAGCUGGAUACAGUCUGUUUGGGACAGCUCACAUCAGUCAAACAUUACUGACUCGACAGCAGAAGAAUGAGGGUUUUGUGGGUUUUACUUCUGCUGAUUGGAAGCAUCACCUGUAUCCCCAUGGGAAAGGGUUCAGUGUCAAACAGUGGUGCACCAAGCUACAUGCCUCUGUCAUCUCCUUCCUUCUUUGGGGGUUCAGGGAGUGGAGGAAGUUCUGACCUUGGCAGCAGCUCCAAUGGCCCAAGUCUGUCAAACCCAAGCUCAAGCAUGGCUGAGGGUCACACAGGAGGCAGUGUUGGCUUUGGGGCAGAGACUGGCGAAUACGGGGCUGCUUAUGCACCUUCUGGUGGAUAUGAAGGCUAUGCUCCAGGCAGCAGUUAUGGAGGAUAUGAUGCUGGUGCUUAUGAGGGAGAGAGCUCAUCUGGUCUUGUUUCUGCUCCUGGAUAUGAGAGCUGGAGUGCUGGAUCUUCAACAGGUUACGGUGAAGGUGCUGAAGAGCCUCAGCAGGUCUUCAGUGACGUGUCUGAGCUGGAGCCAGUCUACGCCUUCAGCUCUCGCUCAAGCUACCAGAGAGGAAGAGCAGUGUUUGCCCAAACCCGCUACACUCCAGGAGAGCCCGUUGCUCCACCAAUGCCGAUCUACAAACCUGUCAUUAAAAUCCCUGUACAGCCAAGUGCUCCUGUGAAGCAAAGCCCUCCUGUUAAAGCUCCAACCAAAGGAGGCUACUGAAGAGCUCUAGUCUGAGUCUGGAGGUGUCCUGUUGCUGCCUUGUGAAUGUUACUGAUGAUGAUAAAAUAAACUUCAAUAAACCA